AUGGGGCUGCCGCUGCUGGGCCCCUACCUGCAGUCCGUCGGCUCCGACUUCCGGCACGGCGCCAACUUCGCCACGCUCGCCUCCACGGCGCUGCUGCCCAACACGUCGCUCUUCGUCACCGACAUCAGCCCCUUCUCCCUCGCCAUCCAGCUCCGGCAGAUGAAGGAGCUCAGCAACAGAGCCAUCGCCGCCGGCGGCACCAGUGGCCAGCUUCCCCGGCCCGACGUUUUCGGCAACUCUCUGUACACGAUCGACAUUGGCCAGAAUGAUUUCACCUCCAACCUAGCGUCGCAGGGCGUCGAGAGUGUCAAGCAAACGCUUCCUUCGGUUAUCAGCCAGAUCUCGUUGGCUAUACAGGACCUGUACAGCAUCGGGGCUCGCAAAUUCAUGGUGUUUAACAUGGCGCCGAUCGGGUGCUACCCGGCUUUUCUAGUGGAGCUUCCACAUAGCAGCGAUGAUCUGGAUGAGUAUGGCUGCAUGACAAGUUACAAUAGCGCAGUUGUCUACUACAAUGAACUACUGAACAACAGCUUGGCCAAGGUUAGGAAGACGCUGCAGAAAGCGUCGAUCAUGUACGUCGACAAAUAUUCCGUCAUGCUCGAGCUGUUCAGGCAUCCAGAAGCUCAUGGGCUCAGGUAUGGGACCAAGGCUUGCUGCGGAUACGGUGGUGGAGCUUACAAUUUUGACCCAGAUCUAUACUGUGGCACCAGCAAGAUUGUGAAGGGCAACAUUGCGAGUGCGGCGGCCUGCGGAGACCCGCAGAACUACGUGAGCUGGGAUGGAAUCCAUGCCACUGAAGCUGCAAACAAUAUCGUAGCAUCUGCAGUGAUGAGUGGUUCAUACUCGUAUCCGCCUUCUGAUCUUUCAAAACUUUGCCAGCCAUGA